CCGCCCACCCCUAGGCGCGGGCAGGGGACCAGCAGCAGCCUGAGGAGAGCCUGUGCCUCCAGAAGCAGGAUGAGAAGAUGGCAAACUUCCUGUUACCUCGGGGCACCAGCAGCUUCCGUAGGUUCACCCGGGAGUCACUGGCGGCCAUCGAGAAGCGCAUGGCUGAAAAACAAGCCCGUGGUUCGGCCACCUCACAGGAGAGCCGCGAGGGCCUGCCAGAGGAGGAGGCUCCCCGGCCCCAGCUGGACCUACAGGCCUCCAAAAAGCUGCCAGAUCUCUAUGGCAACCCACCCCGAGAGCUCAUCGGGGAGCCCCUGGAAGACCUGGACCCUUUCUAUAGUACCCAGAAGACCUUCAUCGUGCUGAAUAAGGGUAAAACCAUCUUCCGGUUCAGCGCCACCAAUGCCUUGUACGUCCUCAGCCCCUUCCACCCGGUGCGCAGAGCAGCUGUGAAGAUCCUGGUACACUCGCUCUUCAGCAUGCUCAUCAUGUGCACCAUCCUGACCAACUGUGUGUUCAUGGCCCAGCAUGACCCUCCGCCUUGGACCAAAUAUGUUGAGUACACCUUCACUGCCAUCUACACCUUUGAGUCUCUGGUCAAGAUCCUCGCUCGGGGCUUCUGCCUGCAUGCAUUCACCUUCCUUCGGGACCCGUGGAACUGGCUGGACUUCAGUGUGAUCGUCAUGGCGUACACAACUGAAUUUGUGGACCUGGGCAAUGUCUCAGCCUUACGCACCUUCCGAGUCCUCCGCGCCCUGAAAACUAUAUCGGUCAUUUCAGGCCUGAAGACAAUCGUGGGAGCGCUGAUCCAGUCUGUGAAAAAGCUGGCUGAUGUCAUGGUCCUUACCGUCUUCUGCCUCAGUGUCUUUGCCCUCAUUGGCCUGCAGCUCUUCAUGGGCAACCUGAGGCACAAGUGUGUGCGUAACUUUACUGAGCUCAACGGUACCAACGGUUCUGUGGAGGCUGACGGCCUUGUCUGGAACUCUCUGGAUGACUACCUCAACGACCCAGCCAAUUACCUGCUCAAGAAUGGCACCACGGACGUGUUGCUGUGUGGGAACAGCUCUGACGCCGGGACAUGUCCUGAGGGCUACCGGUGCCUGAAGGCAGGUGAGAACCCAGACCAUGGUUACACCAGCUUCGACUCCUUCGCCUGGGCCUUCCUUGCGCUCUUCCGCCUGAUGACACAGGACUGUUGGGAACGCCUAUACCAGCAGACCCUGAGGUCUGCGGGAAAGAUCUACAUGAUCUUCUUCAUGCUCGUCAUCUUCCUGGGCUCCUUCUACCUGGUAAACUUGAUCCUGGCUGUGGUGGCCAUGGCCUACGAGGAGCAAAACCAAGCCACCAUCGCUGAGACGGAAGAGAAGGAGAAGCGUUUCCAGGAGGCCAUGGAGAUGCUCAAGAAAGAACAUGAGGCUCUCACCAUCAGGGGCGUGGAUACCGCGUCCCGUAGCUCUUUGGAGAUGUCUCCUUUGGCCCCAGUAACCAACCAUGAGAGAAGGAGCAAGAGGAGGAAACGACUGUCUUCGGGGACGGGGACGGAGGACGGCGGGGAUGACAGGCUCCCCAAGUCGGACUCAGAAGAUGGCCCCAGAGCACUGAAUCAGCUCAGCCUUACCCACGGGCUUAGCCGGACAUCCAUGAGGCCCCGCUCCAGCCGAGGGAGCAUUUUCACGUUCCGAAGACGGGAUCAAGGCUCCGAGGCAGACUUUGCUGAUGAUGAGAACAGUACGGCGGGGGAGAGCGAGAGCCACGGCACGUCGCUGCUGGUGCCCUGGCCCCUGCGCCGGGCCAGCGCCCAAGGACAGCCCGGCCUUGGAACCUCAGCUCCUGCUCAUGUCCUCAAUGGCAAAAGAAACAGCGCUGUGGACUGCAAUGGGGUGGUUUCCUUGCUGGGGACAGGUGACGCAGAGGCCACCUCUCCAGGGAGUCACCUUCUCCGCCCUAUGGUGCUGGACAGACCCCCAGACACGACCACGCCGUCAGAGGAGCCAGGUGGGCCCCAGAUGCUGACGCCGCAGGCUCCAUGUGCAGAUGGUUUUGAGGAGCCCGGAGCACGGCAACGGGCACUCAGCGCCGUCAGUGUACUCACCAGCGCCCUGGAAGAGUUGGAGGAGUCCCACCGGAAGUGCCCCCCAUGCUGGAACCGCUUUGCCCAGCAUUACCUCAUCUGGGAAUGCUGCCCACUCUGGAUGUCCAUCAAACAGAAGGUGAAGUUCGUGGUCAUGGACCCAUUUGCUGACCUCACAAUCACCAUGUGCAUCGUGCUCAACACGCUCUUCAUGGCUCUGGAGCAUUAUAACAUGACAGAAGAGUUUGAGGAGAUGCUGCAAGUCGGAAACCUGGUCUUCACGGGAAUCUUCACAGCGGAGAUGACCUUCAAGAUCAUCGCCCUUGACCCCUACUACUACUUCCAGCAGGGCUGGAAUAUCUUCGACAGCAUCAUCGUCAUUCUCAGUCUCAUGGAGCUGGGCCUGUCCCGCAUGGGCAACCUGUCUGUGCUCCGCUCCUUCCGUCUGCUGCGGGUCUUCAAGCUGGCCAAAUCAUGGCCCACCCUGAACACGCUCAUCAAGAUCAUCGGGAACUCUGUUGGCGCCCUGGGGAACCUUACCCUAGUGCUGGCCAUCAUCGUCUUCAUCUUUGCUGUGGUGGGCAUGCAGCUCUUCGGGAAGAACUACUCGGAGCUGAGGCACCGCAUCAGUGACUCUGGCCUGCUCCCCCGCUGGCACAUGAUGGAUUUCUUCCACGCCUUCCUCAUCAUCUUCCGCAUCCUCUGCGGGGAGUGGAUUGAGACCAUGUGGGACUGCAUGGAGGUGUCUGGGCAGUCGCUGUGCUUGCUGGUCUUCCUGCUUGUCAUGGUCAUUGGCAACCUUGUGGUCCUGAAUCUCUUCUUGGCCUUGCUGCUCAGCUCCUUCAGCGCAGACAACCUCACAGCCCCCGACGAGGAUGGGGAGAUGAACAACCUCCAGCUGGCCCUGGCUCGCAUCCAAAGGGGCCUGCGCUUUGUCAAGCGGACCACCUGGGACUUCUGCUGCGGGCUCCUGCGGCGGCGACCUAAGAAGCCCGCGGCUCUUGCCACCCACAGCCAGCUGCCCAGCUGUAUUACCGCCCCCAGGUCCCCACCACCCCCAGAGGUGGAAAAGGCGCCCCCAGCCCGCAAGGAAACACGGUUCGAGGAAGACAAGCGGCCGGGCCAGGGCGCCCCUGGGGACACGGAGCCUGUGUGUGUUCCCAUCGCGGUGGCUGAGUCAGACACUGACGACCAGGAAGAAGAGGGUGAAGAAGACAGCCUUGGUACAGAAGAAGAGUCCAGCAAACAGCAGGAAUCCCAUGUUGUGUCUGAUGGCCACGAGCCACCCCAGGAGCCCAGGGUCUGGAGCCAGGGGUCAGAGAGCACGUCCUCUGAAGCUGAGGCCAGUACAUCUCAGGCAGACUGGCAGCAAGAGCGGAAAGCGGAGCCCCGGGCCCCGGGGUGUGGUGAGACCCCCGAGGACAGCUACUCGGAGGGUAGCACCGCUGACAUGACCAAUACCGCUGACCUCCUGGAGCAAAUCCCAGACCUCGGUGAGGACGUCAAGGACCCAGAGGACUGCUUUACUGAAGGCUGCGUCCGACGCUGUCCUUGCUGCAUGGUAGACACGACGCAGGCCCCAGGGAAGGUCUGGUGGAGACUGCGAAAGACCUGCUACCGCAUUGUGGAGCACAGCUGGUUCGAGACCUUCAUCAUCUUCAUGAUCCUGCUCAGCAGUGGAGCGCUGGCCUUCGAGGACAUCUACCUGGAGGAGCGGAAGACCAUCAAGGUUCUGCUGGAGUACGCCGACAAGAUGUUCACCUAUGUCUUUGUGUUGGAGAUGUUGCUCAAGUGGGUGGCCUACGGCUUCAAGAAGUACUUCACUAAUGCCUGGUGCUGGCUCGACUUCCUGAUUGUGGAUGUCUCGCUGGUCAGCCUCGUGGCCAACACCUUAGGCUUUGCGGAGAUGGGUCCCAUCAAGUCCCUGAGGACACUGCGUGCGCUUCGACCCCUGAGGGCCUUGUCAAGAUUCGAGGGCAUGAGGGUGGUGGUCAACGCGCUGGUUGGCGCCAUCCCCUCCAUCAUGAACGUCCUCCUCGUCUGCCUCAUCUUCUGGCUCAUCUUCAGCAUCAUGGGUGUGAACCUCUUCGCUGGGAAGUUUGGUAGGUGCAUCAACCAGACCGAAGGGGACCUGCCUCUGAACUACACCAUCGUGAACAACAAGAGCGAGUGUGAGUCCUUCAACGUGACCGGAGAGUUGUACUGGACCAAGGUGAAAGUCAACUUUGACAACGUAGGGGCUGGGUACCUGGCCCUGCUGCAGGUGGCGACAUUUAAAGGCUGGAUGGACAUCAUGUAUGCGGCUGUGGACUCCAGAGGGUAUGAGGAGCAGCCGCAGUGGGAGGACAACCUCUACAUGUACAUCUACUUCGUCGUCUUCAUCAUCUUUGGCUCCUUCUUCACCCUCAACCUGUUUAUUGGCGUCAUCAUUGAUAACUUCAACCAGCAGAAGAAAAAGUUAGGGGGCCAGGACAUCUUCAUGACGGAGGAGCAGAAGAAAUACUACAAUGCCAUGAAGAAGCUGGGCUCUAAGAAACCCCAGAAGCCCAUUCCACGGCCCCUGAACAAGUACCAGGGUUUCAUAUUCGACAUUGUGACCAAGCAGGCCUUCGAUGUCACGAUCAUGUUCCUCAUCUGUUUAAACAUGGUGACCAUGAUGGUGGAGACGGAUGACCAGAGCCCUGAGAAGGUCAACAUCUUGGCCAAGAUCAACCUGCUCUUCGUGGCCAUCUUCACAGGCGAGUGUAUUGUCAAGAUGGCUGCCCUGCGCCACUAUUACUUCACCAACAGCUGGAACAUCUUCGACUUCGUGGUGGUCAUCCUCUCCAUCGUUGGCACCGUCCUCUCCGACAUCAUCCAGAAGUACUUCUUCUCCCCGACACUCUUCCGCGUCAUCCGUCUGGCCAGGAUCGGCCGCAUCCUCAGGCUGAUCCGCGGAGCCAAGGGGAUUCGCACGCUGCUCUUCGCCCUCAUGAUGUCCCUGCCCGCUCUCUUCAACAUCGGCCUCCUCCUCUUCCUCGUCAUGUUCAUCUACUCCAUCUUCGGCAUGGCCAACUUUGCCUAUGUCAAGUGGGAGGCUGGCAUUGACGACAUGUUCAACUUCCAGACCUUUGCCAACAGCAUGCUGUGCCUGUUCCAGAUCACCACGUCGGCUGGCUGGGACGGCCUCCUCAGCCCCAUCCUCAACACAGGACCCCCCUACUGCGACCCCAACCUGCCCAACAGCAAUGGCUCCCGGGGGAACUGUGGGAGCCCAGCGGUGGGCAUCCUCUUCUUCACCACCUACAUCAUCAUCUCCUUCCUCAUCGUGGUGAAUAUGUACAUCGCCAUCAUCCUGGAGAACUUCAGCGUGGCCACAGAAGAGAGCACAGAGCCUCUGAGUGAGGACGACUUCGACAUGUUCUAUGAGAUCUGGGAGAAGUUCGACCCCGAGGCCACCCAGUUCAUCGAGUAUUUGGCCCUGUCUGACUUUGCCGAUGCCCUGUCUGAGCCGCUCCGCAUCGCCAAGCCCAACCAGAUAAGCCUCAUCAACAUGGACCUGCCUAUGGUGAGCGGGGACCGAAUCCACUGUAUGGAUAUCCUGUUUGCCUUCACCAAGAGGGUGCUUGGAGAGUCUGGGGAGAUGGACGCCCUGAAGAUCCAGAUGGAGGAGAAGUUCAUGGCGGCCAAUCCUUCCAAGAUCUCCUAUGAGCCCAUCACCACCACCCUGCGGAGAAAACACGAGGAGGUGUCGGCCACGGUCAUCCAGCGGGCCUUCCGGAGGCACCUGCUGCAGCGCUCGGUGAAGCAUGCCUCCUUCCUCUUCCGCCAGCAAGCGGGCAGCAGUGGCCUCUCUGAUGAGGAUGCCCCCGAGCGAGAGGGCCUCAUUGCCUACAUGAUGAAUGAGAACUUCUCCCGGCGCAGUGCUCCACUCUCCAGCUCCUCCAUCUCCUCCACGUCCUUCCCCCCAUCCUAUGACAGUGUCACGAGGGCCACCAGUGAUAACCUCCCCGUGCGUGCAUCAGACUAUAGCCGCAGCGAAGAUCUUGCAGACUUCCCACCAUCUCCAGAUAGGGACCGAGAGUCUAUAGUGUGAACCUGGCCACCUGCUGGCCAGGACGUACCCUGUUGUAUCCUGACAUUAUUAUUAUGCAGUUGAAACUAGUGUCAGCUGAGGCCUUCCUAGCUCUGGAGGUGAUGGGGAGCCUGCAGGUGGAGCAACCACGAGAGCAGAGUUCUGUCUCUGUGUUGAAGCUAGAGGCAGCUGGAGGAACCCCGGCUGGUAGAGGCCUGACACACUCUGGUAGCCGGGUCUGCCAGGCAGCACCGCAUGGCUCUGAACAGCAUCUCUGUCCCAGCCUCUGAGGUGGACUGGGAAAUACACUGUAUACAUGUUGUGAACAAGCUUUCAUAGAUUUAUUAUAUUUGAUAUUUU